GUGGGCACAAUUUAGAGAUGGGGGUGGGGAGUAAGUGUGCUGGAAAUAGAAAAGACAGAGUGGAGGGGAAUGACCAGAGUGGAACAGGAAGGAGGCCAAGGUGUGGAUUUGGGAGUAGUGAUAGAAAAAUCCGGGCCUUUUGGAGUUGGACCUUAAGUCUGAGGGCAGUAGGGAGCUAGCAGACUUUUUUGAAGGGAGGGAGUUACCCUAUGGGGGAAAAAUUUUUUUUAUUCGUUUAUCUUCAUAGUGAAUUGGAGUGAAUGAGCGGCAAGUAGUUAGGAGAUCAGCGACUUUUUAAUUAACUACUUCCCACACCUCCUUGGCCCAGGAUACCAUCAUCUCUCUGAAUGAUGGCUGUGGCUUCUUGCUGCUUUCCUUGCUUUCGCCUUUGCUCCUCUUUAGCCUGUUUUCAACAUGGCAGUUCAGAGUGAAUAAAUAAAAUAGAAUAUAAGGAAAAUUCUGGGGGUUCAUGGAUGUUUAUUAUCUUGUGAUGAUGGUUUCAUGUGUGUAUACAUGACAAAACUUAUUAAAUUGUACAACUUAAAUAUGUGCAGUUUAUUGUAUGUCAGUUUUACCUUAAGAAAGCUGUUAAAAUUAAAAUAAAAAAAUCAGGUGUCUUGCUUUUCUUCCAAUAGCUUCCCUUUUCAGUCAAAAUAAAUGUCCAAGUCUUUACAAUGGUCUUGAAGGCCUUGCCUGGUCUCUCGUAGUCAUUCAGUCUUUCCAGCCAUACUGGUCCCCUCUGUUUGUUCCACAGAUACACCAGAAUAUUAUCCCAGAGUCCCCAACCUGAAAUCCUCAAAUAUCCAAAUGGCUCCUCUCUUCCUUCAGGUCUUUCUCCAUGGCGCCUUCUGUGAUCACUCUAGAUAAACCCCAAUCCCCAACCCUUUCACUUCUCCCCCUUCCUUGCUUUAUUUUUCUUAGCAUUUAUUGUUAUUUCAUAUAUUUCUUGUUUUUCAGCCCCUUCCCCAACUAUAGUGUAAGCUUCUUAGUGGCAGGGAGUUGCAGGGAUUUUUUUUUUUUCCUGUUGUGCCUACAGCUAUAUCUCCAGCGACAGGGGCAUAGUAGGUAUUCAAUCAAAAUUUUCUGGAUGAACAAAUGAAUGUAUCACCUGGUGGUGAUGAUGGCUUAGGUUAGGGUUUUAUCAGUGGAAAUGAAAAGGAAGGGCUAUAUAUAAAAUACUUCAAAAGAGCAUAAUAGGAGGAAGUGAAUGAAGAGCUUGGGAGGGGAGCAUGUCCUUCAGCCUAUUGGACUUAAAGUGGCUGCAGCAAAGGCAGAUGGAGCUGCCCAAAAGGUUAGGACAGAGGGGCUGGUGGAGCACAGCAAGGGUCAUAACCAGGGAUGGAGGUCUCAAGAGUUUUAUGGUGGAUGUAAUAGAUGCAACUAUUGGAGCAAAUGCAGAGAGAGAUAAAGCUGAAGUCUGAGCUCUGAAGAAUGCUCAGUGUUCGGUGGAAUAAAGUCAGAGGAGGAUAAACAUAAGCAGUGACUAUGAAAGCCCAAAGAUAUAGAAUAAGACAAUUAUUACAGAAACAGGAAUAGUUCAAGAAAUAGUUUGACAAAGUAGAACAUAUCAGAGAAGUCCUGGAUAAUGGAUACUGGAGCUCUCUGAGAAAGGGUCAGCACAGUGAAGACAGAUUGCAGUGGGUUAAAAGAAUAAAUGAUGAGGAAAUGGAGGCAGUGGGUGUGGGCAGUUCAAGGGAAAAGAAAAACAGAAUUUCUCUUGAGUCAGGCAAAGGUUUUGUCCAAAUAAUAGAGACCUAAGAGUUGGGGGUAGGAAGGAGUAAGUUGAUGAAAGAAAUGAUGCAGCAAUAGUGACUAUCUUGAGAGAAGGACAGUGCACCAACAGCAGGAAGGAAGGGCAGGUACAGGAGCACAGGCUGGGGACAUGCUUCUUUCUGUGAAGUUGCAGGCGUGGGGGCCUGAAAAUCGGAAGCAUUGGGGGGUCACACGCACAUGGUGAGGGAGAUCCAAAACAGUGCACAUGGGAGGUGGGAGUACUGACCCCAGGGCCUCCAUCUUAGACAUAAACUAGCAGGAAUCACCACUUCCCAAGAAUCAGGGGCUCACAGAAGUGGAACCAAGGCAUUUCCAGAGGUGGAAAUUCCCAGGACUGUGGCCGAUCAAACUGGAUACACUUUGUCCUUGAAGUGAGGCACUGAAAAAUGUUAACUUCCAAGAUUUGUAUGUGCUACUGGGUUUGUGACCGUUCUCCUCAAACGAUCAGUUGGGCCAUCUCUGGGGAACAGUGCCAGGUGUGCUGACCUCAAAAGGCAGGAUGUGCACUAAGCAGGUGGACAGGUCUUCACAGUACUGCCAUUUUCUUCCUCAUUGAUUCACUCAGUGAUUUAUUCAAGGAGUUUAUUCAGCUUAGUUGGAGACUUACUAAUGUGCUCCCUCUCCUCAGAGGUCCACCCCCUAAAGUAGGGGACUGACACACUCCUGACCUGCAGGCUAGUCCCCUUCAGAGGCUUUAUUUACUUUGCCAUCUCCCUAAGAUCUCUGUCCUCAUUCAGCCCAUGCUGCCUGUGAACAUUUUGACUGAACAGAUGUUCCAUGUAGUCCCACCUCUCUACUGCUGAGAAAGGAUGCUUCUGUAAAGGGCUAUGGGAGAUGAUAAUGUUCAUCUUCUCCACUAAGAUGAAAACACAGCUGCCAAAUUGGUAGGAGCUCCCCACCCUCCUUUCAGAAGGGGCUGUUGGCAGGGUGGGGGAAGGGCUGGAGAAAUUGGAUGAUGGAGGUGGACAAGGUUGGGGGAGGACGUCACAUUUUAUUAAUGUCCACUGCCUCCCUCCACUGUCACCCCCUUCAGACUGAGGGACUGGUGACUUUGGGUGGGGAGAGAACCCCCACUCCCCUCUUUAUCUUCCUGCCCAGAUGCCCAAAUAUUUCUGGGUCUCUGGAGAAAAAAGACCCCUUACCCUGCCCCAGGCGCCAGGCUGCCAGCCCAUCUGCUGAGGAGUAAGGAGGGGCAGAGUGUUUUCCAGGAGAUCCUGGAGAAUGGAUUGGAAGAUCAGAUCUGUGUUCCCAAGGAGACCCAUCUACCAGACUUAGAGGGCAUUUCGGCUUAGAGGGGUAACCAGCAGCCUGGUUCUCAACACCGGAGCGGUCUGGGGCCGAGGUGCUAGGGUUGCCACAGCGGGGCGGGAUCCUUUGGCCAUCACGUGUACGAGGCAGGCCGAACUGCUCAUCGGUGCCCACCCGCCUCAGGAUGGUAGGAACAUCCCCCUCACUGCGCCCAGUCUCACCGGCUAGGAGGCGCCAGGGCCCCCCCGGGACCGGGGCGGUCCAGGGAAGGUAAUGUAAUUCCGACCCAGCUAACCCGAUUAUGGCGGCCUGCACCGGGCUGGGCGGCGGCGGGGGCGGGUCUAAGGCGCAGGGGCCCCCCCGGUCGGGGGUCCCAUCCAGGGGAGGGACGCAGAGUUCACACACUUCCAGCUCCUGGGUCCGCGGCCAGAGGUCACAAGGUCACCGAGCGGCUUGGGGCUCUCCCUGCCUCAGUUCUCUGAUAUGCUCCAGGCAGUUGCUGGGGCUUGGGUGGGGUGAAGUGUCUAUGGGAAAUGAGGCGGCUAGAAUCCUCCGAAAGCUUCAGUGAGGUUCCACGUGUCGCCUAUAGCGAUUUUGACCCCACGUCUUUGAGGGGCGGGGUGUGUGUGCGAGAAUAGACUUACGAGGUGCAGAGUGGAAGGGUAGAGUCCCGAGCUCGUGGGCCUGGGUCGGGGGCAGAACGCCAGCCCCAAACUGAGUUCGCCCGGGUUGAGCCACCCGUCCACUUUACACCGGUUUCCGAAAAUUGAAAUUCUAAGAAACACAGGGCACAGGUUACUGGCUCUAGCAGAAAGAGUAAGGGGCCCUACGGCAGAGGCCGUAGGUGCACCGGGAUCACUGGCCCUCAGUGUGUCGCCCGCCCUAGCCCGCUGGACGCGCCCUGGUACCCUCUUCCCACACCUGUCCUCUUCCCGGGCCUCCAGUUCGCUGGCGCCGUUCCCCAACUGCUUCUCAUGGCAGCCAGGAAGCCACAACGAGAUAUGGUCUUCGAAGGCACUUAGGCGGGGGCCACAACGAAUCCGGGGGUCGGCAGGCAGGACCCAUCGAGAGGCGAAGAUUGGGGACUGUGAGAGGAGGCACCCGUGAGGAAGCGGGCGAGACGAAGGAAGCCCAAAGGCGGAGGCCGGCGAGGAUGGAGUUGCCGUGUGCAUCUCGGCUGACUCAGCGCGCAGCGGCGCGAGCUGUAGCCCCUCCCGUGCUGAGCCUGGUUCCUAACACCCUCGCGACCAUCCCCGCCCGUCAGUCUUUACCGUGCUUGGCGCAAAUAGACGUCUCUUCCCCUUUAACGGACCCAGCCCCGCCCCUGCCCUAUUCCCAGCCCUCACUGCCCACCGAGGCUGAUCUGUCAGUCAUUGCCCCAGCCCCAGCCUGCCAACCCUCUCCACCCCAGACUCCAGCAGAGGCCCCGGCAGCCCAGCGUCCAUCGCGCUUCAGACCCAGCAAGGGCGCUCUUGGGGCCCCGGCGGGUCGCGCUCCCCCGGGAUGCGAGUCCCUGUGCCGAGGCCCGGCAGAAGCCGGCACUGGCGUAGCUACUCCCGGUGCGCAAGGAUGAAGCUGUGCCGGGGUCCCCGGCGCCCCGCUGCAGCCAACUCCGCUGGCCCCUGAAGCCGCCGCCCCGAGCGCUCCGCAGCUGGGCUCCCAGAGCUGCCUGGGAAGCCAUCCCCAGCAGCCGAGCCUCCCGCGGUCUUUCCGAUCCGGCCCCAUGGAGCCGGCGGUGCUGGCUUCGCACAACCUCCCGCACCACGAGCCGAUCAGCUUUGGCAUCGAUCAGAUCCUGAGCUGCCCGGAACCCCCCGGGAGCGGCCUAGGCCCCGGUCGCACGGGCCCGGGCCAUGGGGAGAGUGCGGCGUUCUCGGGUGGCUUUCACGGAGCCACGAGCUAUGGCUCCGCGGGCUCGCUGGCACCGCUACCUGGCAGCUCCGGCGUGGGCCCGGGCGGCGUGAUCCGCGUCCCGGCACACCGCCCGCUGCCAGUGCCACCGCCCGCGGGAGGCGCGCCUGCGGUGCCUGGACCCUCGGGCUUGGGCGGCGCCGGGGGCCUAGCGGGACUCACCUUCCCCUGGAUGGACAGCGGCCGCCGUUUUGCCAAGGACCGGCUCACGGCCGCGCUCUCGCCCUUCUCCGGGACGCGCCGCAUAGGCCACCCCUACCAAAACCGGACCCCCCCGAAGCGGAAGAAGCCGCGCACAUCCUUCUCCCGCUCGCAGGUGCUGGAACUGGAGCGCCGCUUCCUGCGCCAGAAGUACCUGGCUUCGGCCGAGAGAGCGGCGCUGGCCAAGGCCCUGCGCAUGACCGACGCACAGGUCAAGACGUGGUUCCAGAAUCGGCGCACAAAGUGGCGGCGCCAAACGGCGGAAGAGCGCGAGGCGGAGAGGCACCGCGCGGGCCGGUUGCUCCUGCACCUGCAGCAGGACGCGCUGCCGCGGCCGCUGCGGCCGCCGCUGCCCCCGGACCCGCUCUGCCUGCACAACUCGUCGCUCUUCGCGCUGCAGAACCUGCAGCCCUGGGCAGAGGACAACAAGGUGGCUUCCGUGUCCGGGCUCGCCUCGGUGGUGUGAGCGGUGCCUGCCCCACCGGCCGUGCUCUCUUUUCCGGACCGAGGCGCCUCGUGGAGCACCGGGCCCAGGACCUCGGAGGGCGCGGCUGCCCACGAAUGGACCGGUGGCAGCGGAGCGUGUGAGGAGAAGCUGGCCUUAGAGGCUACUGUCCAGGGCUUCUCGGCCCCAGCGGGCUCCCAGGCCAGCGUUGCGCUGUUGCUUGGCGCGCUAAGAUGCAGCCUUUCCCGCCAUUUUUCACUAUUGCUCUGUAGCGGGAACCUGAGGCGUCUAGAAGGCGGGACCAGCCGUACGGUAGCCAAUGAGGUGAGGGGAGGUGGCAGGCUGGCCAAUGGGAGUGCUCUCCUUAGGGACUCCGGAUUCUUCGGCGGAUGGGUCGGAGCUGGGGUUUGGAGGGCCCGAGCAGGUUAAAGGUGGUGCUGGGAUGGGGCUGCGGCAGCCCUCACUGACUGCGUCUGUACCAAAGUUAUGAAGGAAGGAAGAUGCCAACGGCAGCAGAGCAAGAGUUUGACUGUGUCAGGAACCAGGUUUUACACGCUAGGCAUCUCACUCUUCAGCUGUAAAAUAAUCUCUAAGGAUUCCUUCCUGACUUUGAGCCUCAUGUUGUCCGUGUGUAUUCAACCUGCUGACGACAUACUCCCACAUGAGCCUCACAACGCACCUGGGCGGAAGCAAGAUGGAUACUAACAAUUUAUGAAAGAGAAAAUCUAGGAACACUAAUCUGGCUCUGGUGUUCCUACGGGGACAAAGGGGAGAGGGGGAAGCAAUGGACAAGGUUAAUGGGCCCAGUGGAAUUACGGUGAGCAGAAUGUGGCAAAUAAUUAGGAAGU